AUGAUAACUCCAAAGGUUUGGUUUAAACUUGUGAAUCCUACAGAUAACUGGGCUAAAGUUUCGUUAGAGGAAGUUGAAGGUGUGUACGAUCUUAAGAAAAAAAUGAAAAUCGAAAUGGCUCCAAAACUCGAUACUUUCACUUCGUCAAGUCUCAUUCUCAAAGCAACACAUAAUAAUGACAAUCCAAAUGAGGCAGUAGAGCUACAUGAGAAAGAGGAACUUUUUUCUGUCCUAAGGCGAUUCAAUAUUGAGGCAACGAAUGUUAAAGAUUCUUUCGCAAGGAAUAUUCUGUUGUUCGUUAUUGCUUCGCCUG